AUGGAAAACUCUAAGAGAGGAUUUGUACCCAUGACACAUGGCACUGUACUAAGUUCGUCUCAAUGUCCUAGCAUAAAGGUUGAGCUAGACAAGAUGAAAGAUAUCCCAUAUGCUUCUGCAAUUGGAUCCAUCAUGUAUGCCAUGAAUUAUACAAUACCUGAUCUUGCUUAUGUUAUGAGAAUGGUAAGCAAGCUCCAAAAAAAUCCAGGGGAGAGUCAUUGGAGAGUUGUGAGGAACAUUCUAAAGUACAGACAAAGAACUAAGGAUUUGUUCCUCGUCUAUGGAAGCAUGGAAGAUAGCUUAAGUGUAAAGUGCUACACUAAUGCUUCCUUCACAACUGAUCGAGAUGAUUGUAAAUCACAAUCAGGAUAUGUGUUCAUUAUCAAUGGGGGUGCAGUGCCUUGGAAAAGCUCCAAGCAAAGCGUUGUUGCUUGA